AUGCCAAACUCCGAAUCCGCCAGCGAGCGGAGUACAGCCAGCAGCAGCAGACCGUCUGCGGACCCAUUGCUGCCCGUGCUGCCCAUUCUGGACCCCAAUGUGCCCCUGGACAGGCAGCAAUGUGUCCUGAAGGCAACCAAAGAGGCCAGGGCCUUUCACAGGCCCAAAGGCUUCCAAGCCAGCGCCGGUCCCAAGGACCUUCAGACGGCUUGUGAUGAAGUCUCCUGCCACCUGGAGAAAAAUGUGGACAGGGCCAUUUAUGGACAGGGUCGCUUUAAGUCCUUCACCUUUCAGGAGAUGUGGCAGUGGUACAGCCUGCACAAGUGCCUUAAUGCCGACCCUCAAGCUGGCAGUGCCCAAGAGAGGAAGAUGGCAGAGGAGGCUUUCUCUUCUGUUCGCCAGUGGCUUGGAAUGAAGGAGGAGGACAUCAGCUCCAAGGCACUGAAGCGCUUCAGGAGAUUUAUUCUUGACAAAGAGAAACUGCUGACACUGACAGACCCCGUUCCACCAUCGCAGGAACCUCCAUCUGGUCCUCGUAAGAGGACGUCAAAGUCUGCGGCACUGCCACAGCAACAGCCAAUAGAAGCCAUUGUCACACAGCCUGAGGUGUCAUUUGAGGGCUGGCACAAACAGUGGGAGUCCGGCCCUCAUGGUCUCCCCAGUGCUGACGUGAAGUGGCUGAGGGAGGACGCUGACAGGGGGCUCUUUAAGAACCUCACCAUCGCUCGCAGGAAAAUUCUGAAGGAUGAUCGCAUGUGGUUCCAUCCACCAGAAAUUCCUGGAGUGGUGGUGGGGGGAGGAGUGCCCUCUGCAGACGCUUUUUUUAGAAGCCGUGUCUUCUUUUGGAGGCCUGUGGGAGUGUGGGGCUACAGCCUUCGCUGUCCCAGGUCAGGAUGCCCCGGGGGAAAAGCAGCCUUUCUGUACCGCUGUGGGUAUGGAAACACAGUGAGGCAUAUCUGUGACAUGACUGGCUGGUACAGCAUGCUCACAGAGCUCCUGGCCUGCAACGCGUGCAGGAAGGCUGCAAAGGGCUCUCAGGAGCAUUCGAUUGGUCGCUUCCUGGCGUGGGAUGCUGCUAUUUUGAAGCAGCUGACUCCAGCCCACCAAGCUGUGUUCCCUGCGAUCCUAACACCAAGACGCGGUGUGGACAAGCAAGUUGUCCGCCUAAUGAGGGAUCGGACUGAGGGCAACACCAUGGUUAAGGUGUGGAGGCAGGUCCAGGAGGGUCACUGUGAGGAGUACCUGCAGAGAAAGGACCUCUACACCACCCUUCUCUGUCAGCUCAGCAGACCUGGAAGCAUCAUGAGUGCUCUGGGCCAUCAAUACCAGAAGCCACCGACGCGCAGGGAGCUGCCGUCGCCGAGGCUUCUGAGAAAAGCCUAUCUUAUCUAUGAGGCAGAGCACAUUGAGUUACUUGACUACCGGACACAAAUCAUGUCCACGUUCGGGAAAGUCCUCAAGUAUGACUCCACCAGGAAGCGUCCGCAGAGCGUCACCAGCACCAGCCUACCUCCCGCUGCAGAGCUCCCGGAUGAGAGGCCGCACACCAGCCGACCUCAAGUUCAGUACGAGGUCACUCCAUCUCUGGCUGGCACGCGGAAACGCAAAGUGCCGCAGGACAACCUAACGUCUGCACCCCAACCUCAGCAAUCAACCACGGCAGCAGGCCUCCAGCCCCAGCCCGUGUUCGUGUUCCUGCCACUCCGUAGACCAGCUCUUCCCCCCCAGCUGCUGCCGCCGCCUGUUUUCCUGCCGCCUCCCGCACUGCCACAAGCCAGAUCUACUCUGUACAAGAGGAAAAAAACAGAGCUGGGCGCUACACGGCCCCAGAGCAAAGUACAAACGCACACAUGCGCACUUUGUGGCCAGUCCACUCAAGGACACAUAAAAUACAGGAAGAAAACAUACUGUCAGAAAUCGAAAUUAUCCACAUCCAAAGGCCUCACUGGAAGGCCUUUUGAAAACAUCACAGACUUCCGUAUGGCAGUGGACGAGCUUCUGGCCUCUCAGUCCCAGGACCCUUAGAGCUGUCAUUGCUGUUUUAGAUUUAGAUUUUAAGCUAAUAUUACAAUUAUUUAUGUUUUUUUACACCUGUGUUUAUUAACCUGUGACAACCUAUUUUAUUAUUGAAAAUGUGAGUUAUUAAAAAAACAAAAAUUG